UUCAUGUUUGCCUCGAGGCCAGCCUUCACAGCAAUCGUCUCCCUUCUCUCUCUCAUUUCCCUCUCCCUCCUUCUCACUCACCUUAUCCAGCCUACGGCGCCCUACGAGAACAAGACUACCUUCAAGAAAACAGGCGAUGAGUGCAUCCGCUGACCCCACAUCAGGAAUACAGUGGUAUGCACAACAUGAAAUGUCGACGAUGGGUCCGCGACUCGCGUACGCGCGUCCGUUAGGACCUAAUCCUCUUGGACCUGCGGUGUUUCCACGCGGCAGCGUAACCUACUCGCAACCUAUCUUGUCUUCCACCUUCGUCGGACAAGGAUCUAAGAGUUGCACAACACAGGACUCUACCAUCGAGUAUGGGAACGCCAUCGGGUCUAGCAAGGACUUGGUGGAUCUUGGAACAUCGACAUUGUUCGGAAGUGGGCUCACUUCAAGCGCGGAAUCAACCAAUCAUUUAUCAACACAAGAGCGUCGAGAACUCGCUACACCCGCGUGUCAGGCUGCUCCGGUACCGCAGCCUGACUUGCAUGCCAGUGGCGCGCACUUCGCUACGAGUGUUGAGGAUCUCCCUCGCGACUCCAUUGUUCUUGAUAUAUGCACCGGUAGCAUAUAUUCUGCCGCUGCCGAAGAAGUCCGCGGAUCUAGUAUAUCUUCAGGCAUAUCGGGUUCAAUCGCUCCUUCACUUACCUAUAGCACCUCCGGCCACUACUCGACAGGCGCGCCUCGCACUCCAAACCCCAUCAAAUCAGCAGCAACCGCAGUGGCACCUGAGCCUCCUUUGGACGACUUGAAGAUCAAGGAGGAGUUUGAGUCGAAGAUGCGCGAGGCACUGCUGAUCCCAUCCAAUAGCAGCACCGAUUUUGAGGCAGUUCCUCUACGGACUGACAGUGACCUAAUCGGAAUCCCGCUGGCCGGCAGCAAGGGCCACUAUGAGAUGCUCGCGAAGCUCAUCAUGUGGAACCUUCCGACUAGAACCUGUAAGAUCAAGGAUAUGGAAGAGAAGAUCGAAGAAAUCUGGCCCGCAUUCAAGGAAAUGACGGCGUGGAGGGGAGUGGCGGGAGGAAACAAUACAGAUCUCGCACAAAACGCGAUUCCCCUUAUCAUCGCCACGAGCGCACCAAAACGCGGGCUACUCCAGAGUCUCACGCUCAAGACGACUCAGACUCUGGCAAGGGCUACUCGGCUGAUCUUAUCUAUUCGUCAUGUCGACUUUGGGAAGUCAUGAGCGAUCUCACACACCUUAUUUCAGAUCCGCUCGAUC